UGAAUCGGAGCAAUUCGUGGGGACGAUUCGAUGUCCGUGGAACGAUGUUCGGCGACGCGUGUCACGAGCCAGCGAAGAGUACCUCCUCGGCGAGCGGAGCGCGGUACAAUCGCGCGGCUACAAAACGGGCCGCGGUAGAGGAUCGCGUUCAGUAGCGGAGCGCGCCGCGCGCCGGACGGACGCUCGAGUGCGCGCGCGGAUGCGGGACGUACGCUUGUUAUGUAUGACGAUCGUACAAGCGACGCAUGCUGCGCGUUUCUCCGCGGAGGAGUAACCAGGAAGAGCGAUUGAUCGGCACGCGACAGCCGCACGGCUUCAACAUGUCCAUGAAGAAGGAAUCGCCUUGGGAUGUGGAGCUGCAUCUGGCGGCAGCACGUGGGGAUGCCAAGCGUCUCCGUAUUUUAUUGGACUCCGGACGUGUCCACGUUGAUUGCAAGGACAAGGAUGGCACGACACCUUUGAUUUUAGCUGCCGCCGGUGGCCAUAUCGAUGCUGUGACCGAACUGUUGCAUCAAGGAGCGGAUUCCAAUGCUAAAAGACUGACCGGGACAACAGCUUUGUUUUUCGCUGCCCAGGGUGGUUACAUGGAUAUCGCGAGUCUACUUUUGGAGCACGGGGCGAUCGUGGAUUCGUGCAGUGUAGACGGGGGCACGCCACUCUUCGUCGCAUGUCAAUACGGCCAUCUAGAUGUUGUGGAAGGCUUAAUAGAGAGAGGUGCCAGUCCGAACGCUCACAUGAAAGACGGCGCCACAGCACUGUUUAUCGCCGCCCAGAACGGUCAUCUUCGUAUUCUGGAGGUCCUCCUGGAGCGCGGGGCGAAAACGGAUGCGGCGAGAACGGACGGCGCCACGCCUCUCUGGAUCGCGUCACAAAUGGGACACGAUCAUAUUGUCAGGAGGCUGUUAAAAGCCGGCGCCAAGGUUGACGCCACUAGACACGACGGGGCGACUCCGCUUUUCAAAGCCGCCCACAAAGGUCACACCGCUGUCAUCGGUGAGCUACUCAAGUAUCGUCCCUCGCUCGGAGUCCUUCCGAACGGUGAAAGUGCAUUGCACGCUGCAGCCUUGACGGGACACAUGACAGUCGCGAGGCAGCUCGUGGGAGCGGGGGCAGAUCCUUUGCUCGUAAAUCAGGAGGGCAUCACGCCGCUUCAGCUGGCUGUCAGGCAUUCACAGACGCAGGUCGCUAAUUACUUAAGGGAUAAAGUGAGAGUGCGAACUGCAUCCUGUUAAUAAUACUUCCUGCUCUAUCCUAAUAUUCCUUAUAUCAAGAUUCAGGAUAUCGUUCGGCUCAAAUAUUUAUAAGCAGGAUGUAGGCACAUUAGAAAUAUAAGAAAAAAGCUUGAUUUUAAUUUAUUUCCAUAAGAGUUUUAUUACUGACAAGAGAAUCUUAUAUUAUAAUGUUA